GGUCGCGUGGCGCGCGUAUUUCAACCGCUCAUUUGGCUCCACGUCCACAUCAACGUCCUCUCUCUCUUAUUCUCGCCGUCGCCCCGCAUACCACGCGCAUUUCAGCACCAUGUCGGAUUCCGGACGCGUCGUGUACCUCGAGGACCUCGAGGCAACCAACACGGAGAGGAUAACGGACGGUGGCAAGGAAAAAAAGACGUCCGCAGUUGCAACUGCCACAGUCGCUAAGACCACGGACGCGUCUGACAAAAAAGAAGCCACGAAGGUCGGGGCAAAGAGACAGAGGACUCUCAUGGAUAUGUUUUCCUCAGGUCCAAGCACAGGUGGCACGCAGCCCAGUGCGAAGAAAAUCAAACUGGAUAAAUCCCAGUCGUCGUCAUCGGUGACGGGCAGUUCCAAAGCAACGACGAGCGUUGCUUCACGUACGCUGAACUCUAUUCCGUUCUCACCAUCGGAACUCGUUGCGUCCCUGUCCGAGGAUGAGAAGCGUCUCCUCGCGCUCGAAGUUGAAAGCAUGGGCAAAAGCUGGCUCAAAGUGCUCAAGGAAGAGAUUCGGAAACCUUACUUCCUCAAGCUCAAACAGUUCCUGUGGGAACAAGGCGUUCAUGGGCCUGACGACUCGAGCGAUGCCAAGGUGUAUCCCAUCCCCCGAAAUAUCUACUCCUGGUCUAACCUGACCCCACUGGGCCGUGUCAAAGUGGUCAUUAUAGGGCAGGACCCGUACCAUGGUCCUAAUCAAGCUCACGGCCUGUCCUUCUCCGUGCCUCAUGGCGUCGCUGUGCCGCCGUCGUUGCGCAACAUCUACACUGAGAUCAAGAACGAGUACCCAGAAUUCAACCCGCCCAAACACGGGAACCUGGCUGCGUGGGCGCAAAACGGGGUACUCCUGCUCAAUACGGCGCUGACCGUGAAACCAGCUACCGCCGGGUCUCACUCCGGGAAAGGGUGGGAAGAGUUUACAGACAAAGUUGUCGACGUCGUCGACAAGUAUGGUGGCGCAAACCUCGCGGGCAACGGCUCAACCCUCGCAGGCCGCGGUCGUGGUUGCGUCUUCAUGGCUUGGGGAGCGUGGGCUCAGAAGCGAGUAACAAAGCUAGACAAGCAUAAGCACCUUAUCCUCACAAGUGCCCACCCUUCGCCGUUCAGCGCAUACAAGGGCUUCAUCGGGAACGGACACUUCAAGAAGGCCAAUGAAUGGCUCGAAGAGAAAUACGGGUCCGACGGCUGCGUUGACUGGUGCACCCUCUAGCAAUCUGAUUGCGCGGGCCAAGGCUCGAGACAUGAGGCUUCCUUCCGGACUGCCAUUGCGGCCGGUGUACUAUAGGCCCAGCGUGCGCCCCGUAUCUACGGCCGCGGCGCUCAGUCACUGCUGACCCAUAUUUAUGCUGCUUCCCGCCCGGGGGCGACGAUGCGUUUGUGCCCAUGCGUUAACGAUGUCUCGGGCUUGGAGCCCUGCCCGCUGUCCUCUCUCAGACACCCGCGGGUCUGGGCAGGGCCUCUGCACGCGGCGGCCGAACACGUUCAGCUUAUUUCUCUUCUUGGAUGGGGGGACACCGUGCACGCAGUGGUUACGAGACUCCUUCGGCGGCGCGCGCGUAUCAAGGAGCGGCGGAUGGCCCCUAAAUUUUACAUUAAUUGUACAUAGAUGCCUGUCGGGGCCUCGGCGAUGGAAAGACAGAGAGCACUGCUCG